GCAGGCUAUAGAUAAAGUGGCCAGCUGUAUCAUUGACAGCACAUUUGGGAAACAUUAACCAAAAGUAAAAGCCUUUUAUAAGAAGGCCAUAAAAUGGCAGCAGUAAUUAUGUUUUCCCAAAGUUAAUAAUUGACUUUUGUUUAUUUGUCUUUUUGUAAAAAACUUUUUCCUUUCUCUCCUUCAAUGGAUAAAACCUAUAAAAGGCCCUGCAAAUUGGAUUCAGCCUUUUUUCUUCACUCUAGUCUUGCUUGAAGGCGGAUGAGACAUAGCCUGACACAGAAGCUUACCUGAGGAAACCUACUUCAUUGGGUGGUUCUCAGCCCAGACAAGAAUAUGUUGGUCCACCUUUGGCUUGUCUGUGGUCUGACUGCUGUUGUGACCCCCCAGGAUGUCACACCACAAGCCCAAAUGUUUCUAGAAGAGUUUAACAGGAAGGUAGAAGACAUCAGCUAUGAAAGCUCCCUUGCCUCAUGGAACUACAACACCAACAUCACUGAGGAGACUGCCAGGCAAAUGAAUGAGGCAGGUGCCAAGUGGUCCACAUUUUACGAGGAGGCCUCCAGGAAUGCCAGCAGCUUCCCGUUAUCCAGUAUCCAGGAUGUUCUCACCAGGCUUCAGAUUCAGGCUCUCCAGGACAGAGGAUCAUCUGUGCUGUCACCAGAAAAAUACAGCAGACUGAGCACUGUGUUAAAUACAAUGAGUACCAUCUACAGCACUGGGACUGUCUGUAAAAUCACCGAACCAUCCGAGUGUUUGGUGCUGGAGCCAGGUCUUGAUACUAUUAUGGCUAACAGCACGGAUUAUAAUGAGAGGCUGUGGGCCUGGGAAGGCUGGAGAGCUGGCGUUGGCAGAAUGAUGAGACCAUUAUACGAAGAGUAUGUUGAACUUAAAAAUGAAGUUGCAAAGCUUAAUAGUUAUUCUGACUAUGGAGAUUACUGGAGAGCAAAUUAUGAAGCAGACUAUCCAGAAGAAUACAAAUACAGCCGUGACCAACUGGUCAGAGAUGUGGAGAACACAUUUGAGCAGAUAAAACCUCUGUACCAGCAGCUGCAUGCCUACGUGAGGCACAAGCUAGAGGAGGUCUAUGGCCCCGAGCUCAUCAGCUCCACGGGAUGCCUGCCUGCUCACUUGCUGGGUGAUAUGUGGGGUAGAUUUUGGACAAAUCUGUAUGCCUUGACAGUUCCCUAUCCAGCCAAACCCAACAUUGAUGUAACUUCUACAAUGGUUCAAAAGCAGUGGGAUGCAAUGAGAAUAUUUAAAGCUGCUGAGGCCUUCUUCACUUCCAUUGGCCUCGACGAAAUGACUGAGGGCUUCUGGAAUAACUCUAUGCUCACAGAGCCAGCAGACAACAGGAAAGUUGUUUGCCAUCCUACAGCAUGGGAUCUGGGGAAAAAUGACUACAGGAUCAAGAUGUGCACCAAAGUGACCAUGGACGACUUCUUGACUGCUCACCAUGAGAUGGGCCACAUUGAGUAUGACAUGGCAUACUCUGUGCAGCCCUACCUGCUAAGGGACGGUGCCAAUGAGGGCUUCCAUGAAGCAGUGGGUGAAAUUAUGUCACUUUCUGCAGCCACCCCUCAGCACUUGAAAUCUCUUGACCUCCUAGAGCAAACUUUCCAAGAGGAUGAAGAAACGGAAAUCAACUUUCUGCUCAAACAAGCACUAACGAUUGUUGGAACAAUGCCUUUUACUUACAUGCUGGAGAAGUGGAGGUGGAUGGUGUUUAGCGGUGAGAUUACAAAGCAGGAAUGGACAAAGCGGUGGUGGGAGAUGAAGAGAGAAAUAGUUGGUGUUGUUGAACCAGUCCCUCAUGAUGAAACCUAUUGUGACCCUGCAGUGCUGUUUCAUGUGGCUAACGAUUACUCGUUCAUAAGGUAUUACACCCGGACCAUCUAUCAGUUCCAGUUUCAGGAGGCACUUUGCAAAGCAGCUAACCAUACUGGCCCUCUUCACACAUGUGACAUUACCAACUCCAGAGCAGCUGGUCAGAAGCUGAGACAAUUGCUUGAAUUAGGUAGAUCCAAGCCCUGGACUCAGGCACUGGAAAGCGUAACAGGAGAGAAAUACAUGAAUGCAUCACCCUUGCUCCAGUACUUUGAACCUUUAUAUAACUGGCUGCAAAAAAACAACGCUGGCAGAUACAUUGGUUGGAAAACAGACUGGGCUCCAUAUUCCAACAAUGCCAUCAAAGUACGCAUCAGCCUGAAGUCAGCACUGGGAGACCAGGCGUAUGAAUGGGAUGAAAGCGAGCUCUUCCUCUUCAAGUCAUCCAUCGCCUAUGCCAUGAGAAAAUACUUUACAGAGGUGAAGCAACAGGAAGUUAACUUCCAAACUACAGACAUUCAUGUUGGGGAACAGACAAAAAGGAUCUCCUUCUACCUUACUGUUAGCAUGCCAGGCAAUAUCAGUGAUAUUGUGCCCAAAUCUGAUGUGGAAAAUGCCAUCAGGAUGUCUCGGGGACGAAUCAAUGAGGCUUUCAGACUGGAUGAUAACACGCUGGAGUUUGUGGGCAUACUUCCAACCUUGGCCACACCUUAUGAACCACCGGUCACCAUCUGGUUAAUUAUAUUUGGGGUGGUCAUUAGCCUGGUUGUCAUUGGAGUUAUUGUCUUGAUCAUCACUGGUCACAGAGAUCGCAAGAAGUGAGUAGUAUUUUUGAUACUACGAUCAUGAACACUGGAAGAUGUCCUGAUGACUGAAUCGCCAGGGUGCUCACAAAUAGGCUGCCAAAUCUAACUGAAGCAAGUCAAGGAAUUACUGCUUAUAAUUCCCCUCCCACCAACAGUGAUAGCUAAAGGUUCAGCUCCCUGCCUUUCAGUGCACAACAAAUUUGGCAGCUUAGUGCAAUUUGCCCAUCAUUAUCACAGCUGGAAGCUGUGGCUACAGGGAGCUGUGAGGGGCUAGGCUUCUGCCAGCCUCACUGCAAGAUUGAUGGAGUGGCCUGCUGGGAACACAGUGCCUUCUCCAAGAGCAGAGUUGCCCACAUUCAUCACCACUGGCAGUUUUCAGUAAUAUUGUUGGAGGCUGUCCAGUAAUGUAAUGUUCCUUAAAUACUGCAUUAACAGCAAUAUAGCUGGGUUGGUUUCAUAUGUGCCUUCUUUAAUGGUGUUUCUAAGAAUGUAGUAGGUUUGCUACAGUUCUCUUAAAACAAACACAACUCCUUUUAUAUAAAGAUUCCUGUUUAAACACAGUAUUAUUUACAGUAGGGGAUUCUGGGGAUCCAGAAGAACUUGAACAGAACAGAGGCUUCUAAUAAAAAACUGCAUUUUCAUUACAGGAAAGAAAGGAGAGGUGAAGCAGGAUCAAACUGUCAAGAGGUGAACCCUUAUGCUGAAGAAGGAAAAAGCAACAUGGGUUUUGAGCCAUCUGAAGAGACACAAACGUCAUUCUAGAAGACGUGGGUACACUAAGGUUUUGUGGGAUUUUUCAUCUCACUUUUAGCAGUACUGCCUAGCAAGGACCAAAAUACUAUGGAUGUCAUAGUGUUUUGCAUAGUAUCUUCUGGUUGACCAUUAACUUACUGGUCCAUAGACAACAUCAGCUACAUCUGUCAUUUAUGUGGUAACUAGAAAAAAAUGCAAAAAUUGAAGAUACAUAUGUCCUGUGGCUUCUCUAUGAAUUAUGCACAUAAUGUUAUACACUGUUGCUUUCCAUAAGUGUGCUGUAUCCAACUUCUUUUUGCUUCUUCUAUUAUGAGAUGCAAAAAUUUGGAAGCAUACAGUUGUAUACAGGUCAAGACAGACAUAACAAUAGUUCACAAACUCCUAAUGCCUGUGAGGAAAAUCUUGAUCAUUCAAGACAGAGACCUUAAAACGGUAUCUAAUAGACAGUGAGAAAAAAACUGCACUUAUCACCAGAAGAUCCUUAGUGAUGAAGAGCUCAAUUGUUACGAAACUGCAAUUUUUGCACCUUCAGGAAAUCUGUAUCAAUGUGAAAUGGAUACUAGAUGAAGGCUAACAAGCACUGGAACUUUGUUAGGAAGUUGUAACAUAAGUUAUUUUUCUAACUGCUUGCUUGAUAAGUAUUGUAGAGACAAAAAGCCCAUGGUCCCUCAAAAAAAAUAAUAAAAA